AUGUAUUCCGUGCUGAUAGGUCUCGCAUGUUUGGCCGGUGCAUCGAGCGUCUAUUUGUGCCAGGUCAUUCGCAAAAGACUCAGACGAUGCGAGCCAAAGGACAUCCACCAGUUGCCGCUACCUCCUGGCCCUAAACAAAAGCCAAUCAUAGGGAACCUCUUUGACAUUCCAUUAGUUGACACGGCAAAAACGUUCGCAGAAUGGAAAGGCUCGUAUGGCGAUAUCAUCUACCUCGAGGCAUUGCACCAACGGAUCAUGGUAUUGAACUCCUUCGAACAUGCUGACGAACUUCUAUCCAAGAAAUCAUAUUCUGAUCGUCCGGUUCCCAUAAUGCUAGGAGAACUCAUGGGCCUUGGUCAGAGCUUUCCUUUACUUCGUUACUGCACUGCGUGGAAAGACCAGAGGAAGCUCGCUCAUUUGGCUCUGAAUGCUGGCGCAGUCCAAGGAUAUAACAACUUGCAAGCGGAGGCCGUCGUGUUGUUUUUGGACAGCCUUGUCGAUAGCCCAAGUGACUUCAUAUCUCAGCUUCGGCUUGCUACAGGCCGCAUCGUAUUGUCUAUGACAUAUGGCGUCCCGGUGAAAAGCCCGGAGUCGAUGAGUUUUAUUGCUGAACUGGAGAUUAUGAUGGCCACCAUAGGCAAAGGAAUGAUGCCAGGAACAUACCUCGUCGACACUUUACCAUGGCGUCAAUAUAUCCCUUCUUGGGUUCCCUUCAACAGCAUCCACACCGUUGCUAAAGAAGGCCGCACACGCCUUCUCCGCGUCGUCGGACUCCCUUUUGAAUAUGUCAAGCAACAGGUGUCGUCGGCUUCACAAAAUAUAUCUUUCACUGCUACUUGCCUUCAGGUAGAAGGCGGUACCGAUAUGGAACAUCAUAUACGGUGGGCUGCUGGUUCGAUGUAUGGGGCUGGUAGCGAAACGACCAUGGGCACCAUUUUGACAUUCAUUCUUGCCAUGGCCUUGUACCCUGAUAUCCAGACGAAGAUAAGGAUGGAGCUUGACCGCGUUGUUGGUCAUGGGCAACUCCCGACUUUGGAUGAUCGCUCCCGUUUACCUUACGUGAAUGCUGCAAUUAAGGAAACACUACGGUGGGAUCCGGUGGUUCCUCUAUGUCUUCCUCAUUACACAAGCAAGAAAGACGUAUACCAAGGGUUCCACGUGCCUGAGGAUACAAUUGUCUUUCCGAACAUUUGGGCAAUAUCUAGGGAUGACAUUAGCGGAAUCUCUCCCGACGAAUUUGCACCAGAACGUUUUCUUGACGACUGUGUCGAAAGGACAGCAUUGGACCCAUAUUCAUACGUGUUUGGCUUUGGUAGGAGGAUAUGUCCCGGCAGAUUUUUCGCGGAUAAUAGUAUAUUUUUAUUUGUAACUGGUCUCGUGUCUACCUUCGUCAUAUCUCCAGCUGUUGGAUCAGAUGGAAGGCACACUCUUUUGAAGACGCCAUUUACACAGGGUUUGAUGAGAUUUCCCAAAUCGUUUCAAGCUUGUAUACUUCCCCGAUCUGAACAGAUUGCAUCAGAACUCCAAGCCAGAGCUAGCGAAGUGUCCCAGAAUGGCAAUGAGGGCCGCAGCAGCUUGUAG